AUGGUUACGACGGUCCUCGCCGUGACGGCUUCAGCAGCUCCAGCGCCGCCUUCGUUGGGGGCUGCGCGCUUCAGCCCGUGCUAUGCUGGAUUCUGUGACCAUGGAUGCGUCAUGCGUCAUUCCUACGGGCCAAGAGGAAGAGGGGCGGAUGGAAGGGUUGCAGGACCCGCCGUCAAUUUUAGACCGCAAGUUUGUGGACUGAGAUGUUGGAUGGCUGCCAAGAUGAAGCUGCAGAAGGCCCUGAGGAGCCACGGAUGGCAAGUUCAGAGAAAGCUGGGAAUUCGAGGGGACGGUCAAAUUCCUGACUGCUUCGAGGUUGCAUCACGGACUGGAAAGAUAACUCGUCGGAAUGUACAACCUGCUGAUGAAACUGGAGGUAAUAACUCGAUCGAUGACAAAAGUUCAAUGCAUCUGGGACUCAACCACUCUGAAGCUGAUCGUCCUGUACUAGAGGAAGGCGUUGUUCUGUUUGAUAACUUUGAUGACCAACCUGAAAGUGUACCAUCUCUUUGCAUUGCUGUCAUUGGAGCUACUGGCGAACUGGCAAGAAGUAAAGUCUUCCCAGCACUAUUUGCUCUGUAUUACAGUGGUUUUCUUCCUCAGAAUGUUGCCAUAUUUGGAUAUUCUAGAAAGACAUUAGCAGACGAGGAUUUAAGAUCCAUGAUUGAAGCCAAUUUGACCUGUCGGGUAGAUCACCAUGAAAAUUGUGAAGAAAAGUUGAAUGAAUUCCUCAAAAGGACAUACUAUGUCGAUGCAGGACAUGAUAACAAAGAUGGGAUGGCGAAACUAAAUUCGAAAAUGGCACAGAUAGAGGGCACUUGUGCAGCAAACCGGAUAUUCUACCUUGCUGUUCCCCAAGAGGCACUUCUUGAUGUGGCAUUGCCAUUAUCUGACAGUGCCCAAACUAAGCAUGGCUGGAAUAGGAUAAUUAUUGAGAAACCAUUUGGCUUCACUAGUUUGUCCUCACAACGGGUAACACAGUCUUUGCUGUCAAGAUUUGAAGAGAAGCAAAUCUACCGAAUUGAUCAUCUUUUGGGUAAGGAUCUAAUUGAAAAUCUCACUGUCUUGAGAUUUUCUAAUUUGGUGUUUGAACCUUUAUGGAGUAGGAAGUACAUACGCAAUGUGCAGGUCGUUUUUUCUGAAGAAACAUCAGCAGAAACACAAGGGAGGUACUUUGGAAACUACGGGAUAAUCCGUGACAUAGUGCACAGCCACAUUCUUCAAACGAUAGCACUAUUUGCUAUGGAACCACCUGUAAGUCUUGAUGGGGAGGAUAUCCGCGAUGAGAAGGUGAAGGUGCUCAGAUCAAUGCGAAAAGUGGACAUUGAGGAUGUCGUCCUUGGUCAAAUCAAAGAUACCUCUGGUGACGUUGACCGAUAUACAAAAUCAAUGACACCUACCUACUUUGCUGCCGCCAUGUACAUUGACAAUGCACGUUGGGAUGGGGUACCUUUUUUGAUCAAGACUGGAAUGGGACUUAUGGAGAAUAGAGCUGAGAUUCGUAUUCAAUUUCAUCAUGUCCCUGGCAAUAUCUACCGUGAACGUUUUGGUCAUGACAUAGAUCUCGACACAAAUGAGCUGGUUUUACGUGACCUACCCGAAGAAGCCAUUCUCUUGAAAGUCAACAAUAAGGUCCCGGGACUUGGGCUCCAGUUGGAUGCUUCAGAGCUGAACCUACUUUACAGGGACAGGUACGACGUUGAAGUUCCAGAUUCAUAUGAGCAUCUUCUUUUGGAUGUUGUAGAUGGCGAUAGUCAUCUCUUCAUGCGCAGUGACGAAUUAGCUGCUGCAUGGAGCGUAUUGGCACCUAUACUCCAUGAGAUCGACCAGAAGAGUGUUGCUCCUGAGCUCUACGAGGCUGGGGAUAAAGGACCAAUUAAUGCUUACUAUGUCGCUGCUAAACAUGGAGUCCGAUGGGAUGAUGGCUGCUGA